AUGGAUUACGAAGGAGAUAUUAUUGACGAGGAUAGUAUGACUCCUAGAAUUUUCGACAGAACGAAAAAAAGUAUGGGGAUGAAAAGUUUUGAUAUGAAUAACAAUGGAGAAGAAAAUACUCCAAAGAAAAAACAAGGAAAUAAAAAAAAGCCCCGAAAUUUUAAUAAUGAAGAAAGUGAUAGAUCCAUUAGUAAAAUAAAAAAAGUAAAAAAAGACAUUGGUAAAGCAAGUUACGAUUAUACCAACAUUCAAAAGAUGGAUGGAAUGUAUAAAAAUGACACCACUGAUGGUGUAAGAGAUAAAACGGAUAAUAGUAUCGAUGAUAACACAGAUAAUAAUGAUUUGUUCACAGACAAUGUAAUAAAAAAAAACGAAUCAUCCUUUAUGAAUAACAAUUGGCAAACACCAAAAAAAAGUAAUGUAGGCUCGUACUAUUCAGGUAUUGAUAAUCCAUCGACAUUGAAGAAAUAUAAAACGCCAUGCGAAAUGGAUAUGUUACAUCCUGAUGAAAGCUUAAUAGGUAACAAAUGUAUAACUAUUAAUAAUUAUGUUAAUCCACCAAAAUAUGUAGCCCCUGUUGUUACUCCGAGCAAAUUCCCGUUAUCAGGAGAAAGUAAUCCUCAUAUGACAUAUGACGAUUUUCGAUGCCUUUUUAAGCACAAAGCAUGUAUCAUAAGUGAACAUGAAUUUAAUAGUAAAAAAAAUUCAAAUAAAAUUGAUAAUUUUGAAAACAAAUAUGAUGAAUGCUUCUCGUCCAACUAUGAAAAUAACUCGUGGCCAAAUAAAAAGGAGGUGGUUUCUCCAUCCACAAAUAAAAUAAAUACCAAAAUCAUGAACACGAAUAAAGAUUCUCCUAGAACUAAAAAGAGGAAAGUAGAAAAUGGAUCAUGCAUAAACACCAAGAAGCUUCUCAGCGCUUUAGAUGCAUGCGAUAAAAAUAAGCAUCAUAGGGAAAAUAGUGCCAAUAGUGGUAAAAGUGGCAACAGCGGUAACAGCGGCAAAAGUGUCAAUAGUGGCAAAAGUGUCAAUAGUGGUAAAAGUGCCAAUAGUGGUAAAAGUGCCAAUAGUGGUAAAAGUGCAGACAGCACGAAUAGUAACGGUCCCAUUAAUAGCACGCCAAAAUAUAUAGGAGAAAAUUUGGAAAGAGAAAAAGGGGGUAACAAAAACAGCAAAUCAGAACUGAUCGAUUAUGAAGUAAACCCUGUUAUUGUGAAGGGAAAUAAUAAAAAAGGAAAUGAAACUCUAUCAAUGAAUCAAAUGUCCAAACAUAAACAGAACCCGUUAACUCCAAUUUAUGAACCGUAUUCAAAAGAUUUAGAUGUUAUAUUUGAUAUGAAUGUUUUAGAAACUCCAUCUAUCUUAUUAGGCAUAUACCGAUGUUUGUUAGUGGCUAUGGCGAGGCGUAAUCAAAUAAAUGAACCCAUUUUUUAUCAAUUAGUGAAACAAGAAGUAAUAAAUUUAAGUACAUAUCGAUGUUUUACGAUAGAAUCACUCAAACAACUUGCAUGGUUAGCACCCAAUUUAAUUCAACUAAAUAAGGUAAUCAUUACAAAAGAAAUAUUUGAAGCGAAUCAGCAGGCAUACCCCGAUUUUGUCACAGGAAAAAAAAUAGAAGAUAUACAAAUAAGGGAACAUACAGAAGCUUGUGAAAAUAUAUAUAAAUAUAGUCAAUCGGACAAAUUAGAAAUGUGUAAAAGAAUUAUUAUUAAUUGGGCCAAUGUAAAACAUAAUGAAUUGCUAAGAAAAAUGAACCCUGAUUUUUAUUGCCCUAAAUACUCGGAACUGAAAAGAUGGCAUUCAAAGUUUAAUUUUCACGAUAUUAUAUUUCCAUCUGUUACGUUGGAAGAAAAUAAAAUAUUGGCUCAAUUAGCUCAAACACCUCAGGAGAGUAAUGCAGAUGAUUUUAUUGUUAUUCAGGAUAGUCCAAUUAAAUGUGCAACUAAUGAUUUGCGAAAAAGUGGAACAUUUAUUAAAGAAAUGGAAAAAGAAAAAACCAGAACCCCGUUAGGUAGAAAUAGAAGAAGAUCAAAUUUUAUGGGGAGUCCUUACGCUAAUGUGUUUAAUAACAGUAAUAUGGAAGAAUCACCCCAAAAAAGAGAAACAUGUACCAUGAGACAAAUAAGAGAAGAAGCCAAUAAAAAAAAUAUGAUGAAAGAAAUUAAAAUCGAAUUUGAUAAAGAACAUGAAACUAUAUUAGAUGAAAAAAGAAAAUUAGAAAAUGCUAAAUGGAUUGCAGAAAUUAUUCACGAAAAAUUUAUAGUUCAGGGUAUACGUAAUGUAAUGGAAGUAAAUGCACUUUCAAAAGAAAUAGCUGAUCAGUAUAAAAGCAAUAAAAACUUUCAAAUGGAUGAGGCACAUAUAUCACACCUUAUAGAAAUGUUACCACAGUAUAUUACCCACAUUAAUAUAAAACCAAGCAUAAUCGAUAAAACCAAAAUGACAUUGUCAGUCCAAACAAAGAAAAAUAUUAUCAGUUUCUUAGAACCACUUACCAUAAAAGUUAAUGAUCUUACCAAAAAGUAUCAGGAACUAAAAAGAAAUAAAGAGACAAGAUUAAUAGAAUUAUGGAAAAAGUACAAUGUAAAAUUUCAGCUCACAGACAGAAUUAAGAAGUACUUUUUGAAUCCAGGUUCAAUAUGCUUGUCAGAAUUGUAG